UCAAUCUUCUGAUUUUGUUCUUUCUCCGAUUCAAAAACCGUAUCAGGCGAAUAGAUUUGAGAAAGCUUUUGCGUUCUCUUCUUCAACUACUCAAUUGUGAGAGUCUGUGACAUUGAUUGCCCAGAAAGGAAGAAAUAUUCAUAUGUGAAGGGGUUUUCUAAUUUGGAUGAAAGGGUUUUUUUUUUUUUUUUUUCUACGGAGAAUUUUUGGGUGAUGAAGGAAAAAUAGGAGAUUGAAAAUUCUGGGCAUAUAUAUCAUUAAGCAUUGUGUACUGUUGAUUCAUAAAUUCCCUUUCUUUUGAUUAAAAUCAGAAUAUUGAGUCACUUUUGUUUUUUUUGGUCUCUCGGCUAAAAGGCGUUGACCACAUAAAGUGUUGUUCUUUGGUGAUUUUGUUGUGGUAGUCUCCGUUUUUUUUUUUACUUGAGAAUCUUGAAUCUGAUUUCAGAUAGGAUUUGAGAUACAAAGAGACAAUGGUGACUCGGAAGCUGAUUUCUCCAAGAGUUAAGCUCCAUGGACUACCCAACAUCCAUUUUUUUUUAUGCUUGGUCGGGCACUGUCUUGUCUUCCAAACACAAGAAGAUGGAUUGGGAUUUAGACCACUUAAAAUGUUCCUUCAGCCUAAAGUUAGUUUCCAUAAAGUCGCGUCACACUGCUUAGCCUUGUGAACUUCUGUGAGCGGUAACAUCUGCUUUAUACGGUGAGAUUGGAGUGGUCAAGCUACCCUAUAUUGGUGGAACCAAAGUACCCUCGACUUGACUUUGAUUUACCUCCGAGCCCUCCGUCUCUUCCGGUCAUCGGUCAUCUUCACCUUCUUCUCUCUGUUCUAGUCCACAGAUCUUUACAGAAACUCUCCACCAAGUAUGGAUCUAUUCUCUAUCUCCGGGUCUUCAGUUUCCCUGUAGUCCUCGUCUCCUCAGCAUCCAUUGCUUAUGAGAUCUUCAGGGCACACGACGUUAACAUCUCGUCUCGUGGCUUCCCUCCGACUGAUGAUUCCUUUUUCGCCGGAUCUCUCAACUUCAUCUCUGCUCCCUAUGGAGAUUACUGGAAGUUCAUGAAGAAGCUCCUGGUUACGCACUUGCUUGGACCCCAGGCACUCGAGCGAUCACGAGGAGUCCGUGCAGAGGAGCUAGAUCGGUUUUACAAGAACCUGUUUGAUAAGGCCGUGAAUAAGGAGAGCGUGGAUAUCUGUGCGGGAGCGUUGAAGCUCAGUAACAAUAGCACCUGCAAGAUGAUUAUGGGGAGGAGCUGUUCAGAGGAGAAUGGUGAAGCUCAGAGCGUCAGGGCUUUGGCUACCGAGAUAGAUGCUUUGACAAAGAAGAUUUUGUUGGCAAACAUGUUGCGCUCGGGGUUUAGAAAGCUUGUUUUAACACUGUUAAGAAGGGAAAUGAUGGAUGUUUCCUGCAGAUUUGAUGAGCUGCUCGAAAGGAUCCUUGUGGAACACGAAGAGAAACUAGACAUGCAUCAACAAGGUACGGACUUGAUGGACGUGUUAUUGGCCGCUUAUCGGGAUGAAAAUGCAGAGCAUAAGAUCUCUAGGAACCAUAUCAAGUCGUUUUUCGCGGAUCUCUUAUUUGCAAGUACGGACACCUUGGUGCAAACAACACAGUGGGCAAUGGCGGAGCUCAUUAACAACCAUAAUGUUCUUGCGAGAUUGAGAGGAGAAAUUGAUUCCGUUGUAGGAAAAACAAGAUUGAUUCAAGAAUUUGAUUUACCAAUUCUCCCUGAUUUGCAAGCGGUGGUCAAGGAAGUGCUAAGACUACACCCGCCGGGGCCUAUCUUUGGAAGAUUCUCUCAAGAAGGGUGUAGAGUCGGAGGGUUCUAUGUACCGGAGAAAACAACCUUUAUGGUUAAUGCUUAUGCUGUGAUGAGAGAUUCUGAUUCUUGGGAAGAUCCUGAUGAGUUUAAACCAGAGAGGUUUCUAGCUUCGUCAAGGUCAGAGCAGGAGAAGGAGAGAAGAGAGCAAGCAAUUAAGUACAUUCCUUUCGGAAGCGGAAGGAGAAGCUGUCCUGGAGAAAAUCUAGCUUAUUUCUUUAUUGGAACUGCGAUUGGAGUGAUGGUGCAGGGAUUUGAGUGGAAAAUCAAAGAAGAGAAAGUUAACAUGGAAGAGGCUGUUGUAGGACUGAGCUUGACCAUGGCUCAUCCUCUUAAGAUCAUCCCUGUUUCUCGAACCUUAAGAUCAUUAACAUAGAAUCUGCAGAAUAGGAGUUAAUGUAUCUUUGCUAAGUAAUUAGGUAGCUCUGCUUUUUUAUGUUUCAGCAGUGUCCGAGUUUUUUGGUUUAGUUUGGCUUAUGUGUGGAACCUUAAACAAUUGUGUGUUGUUCUUCGGUUUAUUCGUGGAUUAUUUCGUAUUUGUGGGGUUUAUCUUUUCGAACUGCAAUCAAUAUGUAUUGUUUGUCACUGAACUCAGUUGAGGCCGCAACUGGCAAGGACCUCUUAAUAAGGAAGCUUUGGUUUAGUUU